AUGAACUCAGAUCUAUCAGAUGUUGAAGUUGAAUGUUCGUUCCAUCUCAAGCAAACUGUUGAUUUUACAAAUAUCAAAAUUCAAACAAUGAUGCAGCUGCUAGAUCUUCCAGAAGGUCGGACAUGUCACAGCCCAGCAAAAAGAGACGAGAAAUAUGAAAACAAAGAAUCUCAAACAACAUUUGGCCAAAACGAGUCAAGGGAUUCAUCAACAAUGACGGAAACAGUUAGGUAUCAGAAUUUUUGUGGAAUGGCAGAUAUAAUUGCGUCUGACCGAAUGAGCAUUCAUCAAAAUGUUGAACAUUUUCCUGAAACAGCUUUCGAUGCCAUACUCUGGAUGUUGUCCAUCGUCAUUUAUAGAAGACAAAUUGAGAUUAUGCUCAAUGAGUGCAGCAUUGAUCAACUGCAAAUUUUGAAAUCAUUAAAAAGUGGUUCACGCAAGAUUUAUAAAGCAAUAUUCAAUGAAACAAAGGUAUUUCAUAAAAAGGAGUAA